AUGGCAAACUGCAGUAACGAUACUGAGAUUGAUCCGAAUAUCAUCACUUUUGAACUAAUUCUCUACAUCCCAUUGUUCUUUCUUGGAGCUGUAUUGAAUACAGUUGCAUUGUGGGUGUUCUACUUCAAACUGAGCAGAUGGACAGAGGCCAGAGUUUACAUGAUCAGCUUAGCCAUGGCUGACUACACUACAGUGUUUACCUUACCAUUUAUGAUGAUUUUUCACUACCAGGGAUGGCAUGAGGAUGACUUUUGCAGAGUCAUAGAGGCAAUCUAUUUUAUCAACAUGCCAGUAAGCAUCUACACCAUCACCUUCAUAGCAGUAGACAGAUACAUUGCAAUCAAGCAUCCACUGAAAGCCAAAGUUCUGAGGUCUCCACAGAAGGCAGCCAUCAGCUGUCUGUUUCUUUGGCUGUGUUGCUUGGCUUGGAUGACCAUGGUCGGCUCCUUGCUUCCAAGAAAUAAUCAAAACUAUUGUUUUUAUAAAAAUCCUGAUAAUGAUUUUAUUUCCAUUCCGAUUGUAACAGCUGUCUUCUUGCUCAUACCAAUGGUAAUACUGACAUUUUGUUCUAUACAAGUCAUCAGAUGCCUCAAGGAGAAACAGAACGCCAGUUUACAAGAAGAAAAGUUAACUCAGAAAGCGAUCUGUAUUGUCACAGUGAACAUGGGUACAUUCAUCAUAUGCUUUCUGCCUUUCAAUGUGUGCACACUGGUUGCAUUUGCAAUGGAUAUGGCAAAAGGUGAAUGCUGGCUAAAACAAGCUUUGUGCAGAACCAUACACGUGACAACAUGCUUACAAAAUCUGAACUGCUGCUUGGAUGCCAUUUGCUAUUACUUUGUUGCCAAAGAGUUUCAGGAAGCUAUAUCUUUUAAGUCAAUGCAAUUCAGCUCCAACAUAUCUCAAGAUUCACAACCGCCUACCAAAAACAGCAAGAUAAUUUCAGGAGGCACAUAGCCUCAUCUCUGAAGCACUAUGUCUGAUCAAAGCCAACUGAAACCUC